GCGUGGUGAAUUCUCACGAAGCCGUGGUCCUUAAACUCACCAUCCUGGAAGUGGAAAGCAGAGAACCUGGUCCAACACCACAAUCAAGUGCAGUGUUUUGUGGAGGGAGGACCAAAGAGAGCAGUUUUGGGGAGGAGCCUGUGCAGCUGCCUCCCCACCCGGCUGUGGCUGUGCUGGGUGGCGCUCCGCUGGCUGCCCAGAAUGUGGCCGGGCCAACCCAGCAUGCCCUGCAGCCGGCCGCAGCUGCCCUUCCAGCACCGUUGCCCAACGCUGAAUCUCUGCAGACGACAACAACGGACAGUAACAGAAGCGAAGAGAAUUUGCUUAACUGCAGCAACAGGGACAAAGGUCCAGAAGAGUCCCUUGUGGAUUCUCAGCUCAACAGCAUCCAGAAACGACGGGCUCACUCAGGACUUGUGCACUGCCAAAUCCUUAUUGAUCCACAGACGGCACGUGUGUCUGACAGACCUGCAGACACAGCAGCACACAACACGACAACCGCACAGGGUCCCAACAGGAGGAAAAGAGGCACAGACAGCGGAGCAGACAGCUUUCACAAAAGAGCUGUUAGUGAAGACGAGAGCAGGACGCAGCAGGACUUGCUGGAGAAGGAAAGAUCAGACCACAGAGAGCAGCCAGACGCAGAGCUCACAGACAAACUGGAGUCAUCUCUUUUCAGCCAGCCCAGCUGUGCGAGCACUUGCAAUUCUGACGCAGGCCACAGGGACACUGUGGACAUGGAUCAGUCCCAGUCAGAGGGACACAUUCACACAGGCCAGACUAGCCAAGCCCUGUGGUCUGGGAAUAAGGAGGCAAAGGUCUCUAGUCCAGCUUUUCAGGAUGUGUCUUCUCCAGUCCCUGACACAAACAGCAGACAGGCUACACACACAGAAAGUGUUCCAGAACCCAUGUGGGACAUGUGGCAAACCACAGAGGCCGAUAGCCAGGCUGCAUGUGGAGAGAGAUCAACAGAUGUAUCUGAUAGACAGGGGUGGGGACAUGGUGAACAUCUCCAUGACUGUUGUUCUGUGCCCACAACAGAGCCAUAUUCACCUCAAAAGACUGGUUCUUGCUGGACCCCAAAAUGUAAUUUUGCAGGAGAUGGAAGCUGUGCCCUCAGUGAUAUUGUCAAAGAAGUCAGCCCCAAGAAAAGUGUCAGUGAAGAGCAGCUGGAGAAGGGCCACGCCGACAGUGAGAUGGAAACGGAUAAACAGAUGUUUUGUUCUGUCCAGAACCUCACAAGUAGUCAUAGUUUGCAAAAAAUGCUCCCGGUAGAGUGCAGGCCAACCUCUCCAGCCAACCCCUGUGAAAAUGCUGUGGAAAUACUGGUCCCAGUGAAGUGUCCUUUGGACAUUUCAGAGCAAGAGGUCAGUGCUGAGGAUACACUGAUAGCCAAGUUUGUGGAUUCUAGUGAGGCCCAGCAGUGUCCUCAGAAGGAAGAGCAGGUAAAUGUCCACCUAAGCAGCACUCAGGAGGAAGCCAACAUUAAUCAUGUUAGUGAUACUGAUCAGUCGCUGCCUGACCCGACUGAUGAAGAACCAAGGAUGGAGAGGAUCAGAAUUUUCAGUCAGAAUGAAACGACUUUAAAACUCAGAGAGAGAGAGUCAGACUGUGGCCCCGUUGUCACUGAGACUGACAAUGACCAUAUCAACCAGACAAAAUCCUUUCCUUCUCCUGCCUGUGAACAGAGUAUUAAAGAGCCUUCCAGAACCUCUGAGAAAAGAUCAGUGCAGGAACUUGACAACCAUUUACAAUCUCCUCUGUCCAGUAACAGUCGCUCUAAAGACCAAGAGAGAUUCUGGCCAUGUCUACCACAUCAGAGCCUCCCUGUAACUGCAGUCUCUUCAGAGAGUGAGCCAGUGCAGCAUGCAGGGAUCCCUCCUCCAGAAUUUGUGGAACAACCAUCCAAGGACAACUCACAGAUGACUCAAAAAGAGACCAAAGAAGACGGGGAUGGUGUGGAGAACCUGAUGGAGACGCAAGGAAAAAGCAGUGAUUUAUCAGGACUCUGUGAUGUAGAACAAGGCCACUGUUCUCCAGCAGACUGCACAGGACAAACUCUGAUCCCCACAGGUGCCCUCUGUGUUGCUGGAGAUGGUUCUCCAACAGGCACUGAGCAGAGCAAGAACAAUAAUUUUGAGACACAUUCUCCAGGAAGGGCUGAAAAAAACCUGUCCAACACUCCUCUCUUGUGUUGUCAGAUUGGUGAACUUUCUGCUCAGUGCUCACAUGUUGACCACGUUGGACAUGGUCACCUUGUGGGUAGGAAGGACGCACUCUUCCCCAGUACUUCUUGCAGCUCUUGGCAUGGUGGGUCACCUUCUGCAGUCUCCAUGUGUACCGGAGUGAUGGAAGACAGACCUCCUUUAACAGCACAAAGUGAGCAGCUGAAAUUCUCAGAUGAAGCCUCUCUUGUAUCGUCAGGAGACGGUUCUGCUUACUCCUGCCCCCCCAGUCUUAGACGUACAUCCAUCUGUGUAGAGACGGAGGAGACUGUCAAGGCCAUGGAUCUCCAAAGAUCAAAACACGAAUGUGAUGUCAAAGAUUUAGACUGUCCUCUUGUACCUGAUCUCGUUGGUCAUAAGUGUGUCCAUAAGAAUUUGCAUCACACCUCUUCCUGUCUCACAGGCACAGCUGCCCCUAUAGGUGUGGAGCUGAAGGGGACGUGUAAUGCAUCAAUAGAGCCAGGCAGCCCUUUGUUUGGGCCUGACACAGUUUCUGUAGAGUGCCUUUCCAAAGCCAUCUUACCCACAGACUCAGUGCCUACAUCCACAGACAUCGACAAACAUCUGAAGCGCUCAGAUUCUCCCAGCAGCCAACCUGCACUGCAUCCAACUGGCUCUCUGCCCAGCCCACUUAUGGAAAACAUGGAGGCGAAGCCCCACUUAUCACCCUGUUCCCCUGUCCCAUGCCCUCAGAGUUUCUUUGAAGAGGCCUUAGAAGGAAAUGAAGACGAAAUGUGUGAGAAUGUCAUGACUCCUCGUGUUUCUAGGACUGUUGUAGACAACAUCUCCUCCACCAUAUAUUGUUCUUUAUCUGAUGAUGUUUCCGUGAACCUGAGCACUCCUGCAGAAAUGUUGUCGUCGGAGCACCCCGACUGGUCCUCUGUUUCCCAGCUCUCGACAGCAGACCCCCCGUCUUCACCAGCACCAGUGCACAGCACACCUAGUUGCGAAAGUAGUGAUAGUGAAGGGGACCUUGGGAGGAAACCUGCGGUCUCAGCUGCUAGCUUGCUUAAGCCCGUGUCAGCACAGAGCAAGACUGGUCACACAGCUGCUGAUAGGGUUUUUGCCCCCCUGAGAGGCCCCCAUGGCAAAUUCAUCUCAGCUUCCUCUCGGAGCCCAGGAGGCUCCCAUCAACUGGACACAAUCCCACGUCAGCGUAUGGAGCGGCACACGGACAUGGCAGAGCUAGCGAAGCAUGAAGCGGAGAUUGAGCACCGUACACUAGCGCUGAAGCGUGAGGGCUUCUGGUCCCUGAAGCGCAUCUCCCGUGUGACCGAACCUGUCCGCCCAAAAGUGCACUGGGACUAUCUGUGCGAGGAGAUGCAGUGGCUCUCUGCCGAUUUUGCUCAAGAACGAAGAUGGAAGCGAGGAGUAGCCAGGAAGCUUGUGCGCAUGGUGAUGCGUCAUCACGAGGAGCAGAGACAAAAGGAAGAAAAAAUAAAGAGGGAGGAACAGGCCAAGCUUCGCAGGGUUGCCUCUUCCAUAGCCAAGGAGGUGCGGGCAUUCUGGAGCAACGUGGAGAAGGUGGUACAGUUCAAGCAACAGUCUCGUCUUGAGGAGAAGCGGAAGAAGGCCCUGGACCUCCAUCUGGACUUCAUUGUGGGCCAGACUGAGCGUUACUCAGACCUGCUAAGCCAGUCCCUAGGCGACCCAGGCGUUCCCGUCUCUGUGAGCAGCAGGGCACUGCUCCACCCUGAAACUGCAGCCACUGCACUCAAAGGACCCCAGCAGUAUCUAACAGACGAGGAUGCAGACGGUGACUUUGAACCCCUCUAUGAAGAGGACGAUGACGAGGAGACUAUUGAGGUGGAGGAGCAGCAGGAGGGCAACGAUGCAGAAACGCACAAGAGAGAGAUAGAGCUGCUCCGACAGGAGGGAAGCCUUCCCCUGGAGCAGCUGCUGCAGACACUCACUCAUGCUCAGGACAGUCCUUCAGAAGACGAGAGUUCUGAGGACUCCUCACCAGCUGUUGAUGAUGAGGAUGAAGAAUUUACAGCUAAUGAAGAAGAUGCCAAGGAUGAAGAAGAAACCAUUGAAGCUCAGGAGAUUGUGGAAGGAGACACUGACCAUUCAGAAGAGCUUGGUGACUUGGCAAGAGAAGGUGCAAUGAGCAUGGAGGAGCUGUUGGAGAAGUAUAGUGGAGCUUACGCAGAACACUUGGACGUGCCAUCAGCGUCACCGUCAUGUGACACUUCAGAGGACGAGUCAGACACGUCAGAGGAGGGCAGCGGCCCGAGUGGGGAUCCCCACUGUGAUGCCAGCAGUACUUGUUCCUCAGAUUCCUCAGGAGAAGUAGAUAGCGGCGAAGCAGGAGAAGGGAUGGAAGUUUUGCUGAAAGGUGGAGAUUACAGUCCCCCUGGGCCAACCAUAUCCCGCCCUAAGAAGGAAAUCAGUCACAUUGCUGCCACAGCCGAAAGCCUACAACCGAAGGGCUACACACUGGCCACAACGCAGGUGAAGACACCAAUUCCAUUCCUUCUCCAUGGAACGCUCCGCGAGUAUCAGCACAUUGGUUUGGACUGGCUUGUCACUAUGUACGAGAAGAAGCUUAAUGGCAUCCUGGCUGAUGAGAUGGGCUUGGGCAAGACCAUCCAGACCAUAGCACUGCUGGCCCACCUUGCCUGUGAGAAGGGUAACUGGGGUCCGCACCUGAUCAUCGUACCCACAAGUGUGAUGCUGAACUGGGAAAUGGAGCUUAAGCGCUGGUGUCCUAGUUUUAAGAUUCUCACCUAUUAUGGAAGCCAAAAGGAGCGUAAACUGAAGCGACAGGGCUGGACCAAACCCAAUGCUUUCCAUGUGUGCAUCACCUCUUACAAGCUGGUGCUGCAGGACCACCAAGCAUUCCGGCGCAAAUCCUGGCGCUACCUUAUACUGGACGAGGCCCAAAACAUCAAGAACUUCAAGUCCCAGCGAUGGCAAAGCCUACUCAAUUUUAACAGUCAGAGACGCCUGCUGCUGACUGGUACACCCCUGCAGAACAGCCUCAUGGAGCUCUGGUCCCUUAUGCACUUCCUCAUGCCUCACGUCUUCCAGUCACACCGGGAGUUCAAGGAAUGGUUCUCAAACCCGCUCACAGGCAUGAUUGAGGGCAGUCAGGAAUACAACGAGGGCCUGGUCAAGAGGCUCCACAAGGUCCUACGGCCAUUUCUUCUACGAAGAAUCAAAGCAGAUGUGGAAAAGCAGAUGCCCAAGAAGUACGAGCAUGUGGUUCGAUGUCGCUUGUCUAAACGGCAGCGUUUCCUGUACGAUGAUUUCAUGGCACAAGCCUCGACUCGAGAGACACUGGCCAGCGGUCACUUCAUGUCAGUGAUCAACAUUUUAAUGCAGUUGCGCAAAGUUUGUAAUCACCCAAACUUGUUUGAUCCACGGCCCAUCCAGUCGCCAUUCAUCACUGCUCCCAUUGUGUUCAGCACUGCAUCACUGGUUUUGCAAGCCCUGGACACUGCGCCCUUCGAGCGCUGUGACCUAUCCAUGUUUGACCUCGUGGGCUUGGAAGGCCGUGUUUCUAGAUACCAGGCAGACAUCUUUGUGCCACGAAGAAAAGUGACUGCCCAGCUGGUUCAAGAAAUCAUGGAUUCCCCUGACCCCCUCCCACGUCCCAAACCUGUACGCAUGAAGGUUAACAGGAUGUUUCAGCCCUUGCCCAAGGCCGAGGGACGCACGAUGGUCCUUGUUAACAGUCCCUGUCCUGCCACCACUGGUCCUGCAUCGUUUCCAGGCCCCCGGCCACCAGUGGGUCCCGAUGGCGCUGUCCCUUCUGCCACCCAUUUGCUUGCAGCAGCGCAAGUGCCCCCCCCAACAGUGCCACCCUCCCCGCUGCACCCCAGUGGUACCACUACAGUGACCGUGUGCACUGGAGCAGGACCCACAUCACGUCCAGGAGCCCCAGUGCCCCUUCUCACUGUGCGGCCCCCAGCUGUCUCCAGCGCUCCUCCCCCGACAGCAGCUUUUACACCUACUCCAAGUACUGCAGUAACACAGAGAGUCCUCCUCAGUCCUGACAUGCAGGCUCGUCUCCCAUCUGGUGAAGUUGUGAGCAUUGCCCAGCUGGCCUCCCUCGCAGGCCGUCCUGUGUCCUCUCAGGGUAGUAAGCCUGUCACAUUCCAGCUGCAGGGCAACAAGCUCACGCUUUCUGGAGCCCCACUGCACCAGGGUGCUGCGCCGCAACAUCGACCCAUCCAAGGCAACGUCUUACACCUGGUGUCCAGUGGAGGGCAGCAUCACCUGGUUGGCCAGCAAGCACAGGUAGCAAUGCUGCAGUCAGUCAGCCAAAGCGGGGGUGGCACGGUUAACAGCCACCCACCUGUGGCCUCGUCUGGGCUUUCUACAUUGACACUUCCCCUCAGUUCGGCACAAGUGUCCUCCUCUAUGGUGGCCAGCUCUGGGAUUGUCAAGAUAGUUGUGCGCCCAACGGCUACAAAGGAAGGAGGAGGAGUGCCCGCUAUGGCGGUUCCUCCUUCUCCACGCCCCUUUCCAUCUCCCAGUUCUGUUCUUCCUCCAUUUUCCAACGCAAGCGCCUCCCUAAGGCCUCCUGUGCCCUCAAUGGCCCCACAUAAACUGUGUGCACCCCCCUCCAGCCUCACUGCGGUCAGCGGCUCUACCGCAACACUUAACACCCAGCUUUCCCAGCCGGUGCUAAAGGUCCUACAGGGAUCACCUGCAGCUGCUGAACAAGGUCAGCAAACGGCACCAUCGGGCAACGAGGACAGCAGCGACGUCAUUACAGUUCGAAUGCCAGCGGCUCCCAGUCCAAGUUUACUCAGUGGGGGCCCCAGCAGUCUGCGAGUUCGGCCACAGCCUCCCCCGCCUCCACGCUCCCCCUUCUACAUGUCAUGGCUGGAAAAUAAGCGCAAGUGUCAGCGCGAAGAGCGUCUAUCUCGAAUCCUGCAAGUUAAUGAGCGUCACUGCAGUGCCAAACCUGUGUAUGGCUGCGAGGUGCUUGACUUCCUCACCUUCCUCCCAAAACCCAUCCUAUCCCCAGUGCAAACUUUUCCUGGUGACUGGGCACGUGCAGGACACACCAACUGCAUUUCUGCACAGCUCAGCCACCCAGAGGCUUAUUGGGUUCAAAGUAAAACUCUGCGUGAGGCCAUUCACACCACAGAGGAGAGGUUACAGCUGCUCAGGGAUGUCAUAGAGAGGUUCAUUUUUGUUAUCCCCCCUGUCGAGGCGCCACCCAUCAGCAUGCACACCUGUCACCCACCUCCUUCGAUGGCUCACCAGCAGGCGAUGCUCUCGUCCACUAUGAGUUCCAAGUUUGCACCUUUCUUCCGUUGCCUGCACCGCAUACAGUGCAACAUGAGGACCCACUUUCCAGACCUGAGACUAAUUCAGUAUGACUGUGGUAAACUGCAGACCCUUCACUCCUUGUUACGGAGGCUUAAAACAGGGGGCCAUCGUGUGCUGAUCUUCACUCAAAUGACACGGAUGUUGGAUGUCUUGGAGCAGUUUCUGAACUACCAUGGGCACAUCUACCUGAGGCUGGAUGGAAGCACACGUGUUGAGCAAAGACAGGCUCUGAUGGAACGAUUCAAUGCAGAUCAGCGGAUAUUCUGUUUCAUCCUCUCAACUCGCAGCGGUGGUGUUGGUGUCAACCUCACCGGGGCUGAUACAGUAGUCUUUUAUGACAGCGACUGGAAUCCCACCAUGGAUGCCCAAGCUCAAGACCGUUGCCACCGCAUUGGGCAAACGAGGGAUGUCCAUAUUUACAGGCUUAUCAGUGAGCGUACAGUGGAGGAAAAUAUCCUCAAAAAAGCAAACCAGAAGAGGAUGCUGGGAGAUAUGGCCAUUGAGGGUGGCAACUUUACCACAGCAUUUUUUAAACAGCAAACUAUCAGAGAGUUGUUUGACGUAUCAGAAGGAGAUAAAAAAGAGGAGCCAAACCUUCCCAUUCAAGUUGAGGAAGAUGAUCCUUUCAACAAGCAGCAAACCACCAUUCUAGAGCAGGCCCUUUGUCGUGCUGAGGAUGAGGAGGACAUUGUUGCUGCAUCACAGGCCAAAGCAGAACAAGUGGCUGAACUGGCAGAGUUCAACGAGAGCAUCCCUUUGGAGGAGGGCAGUGAGGGAAUGGGCCGAGAGCAAGAGGAGGAGGAGCUCUCCAAGGCAGAGCAGGAAAUUGCUGCCUUAGUUGAACAGCUUACUCCAAUAGAGCGGUAUGCAAUGAAUUUCUUGGAAGCAUCUUUGGAAGAUGUUUGCAAGGAGGAGCUGAAACAAGCAGAGGAGCAAGUAGAAGCAGCCAGGAAGGGUCUGGACCAGGCAAAAGAAGAGGGACUCAAGCUACCUACACCUUCUGACAACGAAGACGAGGAGUUCCUUUUGUCGCCAGGCGAUUCUCUUCCAGUCACAGCUGUUCGCAGACCUCGCAAGCACAAGGAGAAGGGGGCACCCUCUACCAGGGUCAGUGGAAGACUUCGAGGAGCUGUGGUGACCCCUGAUAUGGAUCUUGCAUCAAUAGAGCGAUUCAGGGAACAAGGGCCUGAGUCACAGAAUUUGGAACGAGAUUUGACUUCAACUAACCUCACUCACUCCCUUCCCACUCCCCAUUGCCACAAGACGACUCCUGUCACUGUUGUCCCCAAGCAAGAUUUGCUCACUCUCCCACUUCCUACAGAAGGUGAUGUGUCCAAGAGUGUCUGCUGUGUUCACGACACCGAAGGAACCAAAGAAGUAGCAGUGCCAGUUGCAAACUCCCCAUCUGGAAAAGACUCUCGAAACAGUCAAAUCCAUAACCAACUCUGUUCCAGUUCUCCAGCAACUGACAAGUGUGCAAACCCUGCAGAGGUCUCCUCUGUUCCCUCUGCCUCAGAGUUGGGCUCAGGUGCCCACUCGGCUACAUCCUCCUUACCUGAGUCCACUUUAAUCCCUCCUGUUGCUCUGAGUCCAGUGGCCAAGAAGAUACAGAUAACCCAUGCCCAGUGUGCCUUGUCCACCUCACAUUCCUUUUCUGAAGGAGAGAGUAAGGACCAGGCUCAGUCAGAUUCUGGCAGGGUACCAACAGACACAGUUUCUCAGACACAACUUGAACUCACAACAAAGAAAGAUGCAAAACUUGAAGAAUCCCUGUCUGCUGGAUCUGAAGUGGGUAAUAUCUGUAAAAUCCAGUCUGAUUCAACACAAAGACAAAACAGUGAUAGUGUCACACCUACUAAGGACCAAGAUGAACAGAUUCAGAAGUCUCUUAAGUCUCCAAACUCAGUGCAGCCCGCCCUUGCCCGCUCACCACGCAAACGGCAGUCGGCAGAUGGGGAGGUUUUGAGCAGUCAUACUGAUGAUUCACCCUCUGCCAAAGUUCUUAGGAAGCUACCAGGCCGCUUAGUCACAGUGGUGGAGGACAAAGAACCACGGCGAAAGAAAAGGGCAGCAGGUGGCGGGGAAGAGAUCAGAUUAACUGAGAUGGAGCAAAGUGAAGAUGGAAAAGCAUCUCAUAUGCAUGAUACUGCUGGUACAGCUAAGAAAGAGAAUAAAUCAGAUCCAGAAGCAUUCCCUACAACACACUUCCUUGUAUGUCAAUCAGACCAAAACCAAGAUUCUCCCUCAACAUGCACAAGUUCUAGCAGAGGAGUAACCAGUUAUUCCCCCACCCACCUUUCAGAUAUGCCUGUUUUAAGGAACCUUCCAGUGCGACGGCGGUUGGAGACUGAAUCCCGCAUGGCUGCCCAGUUGGGAGACCAGCAUUUGGGAAGGUGGAGAGGAAAAGGUGGUGAAAGAAAAACAAGUUCAUCUCCAAAUUUCCUCAGGAAACUGGGCACAAAGCUGGAAGCGGAUGAAGAGACCGUGACUCCUGAAUUGAACACAACUCCUCUGGGCAAACGUAAGCGAGGGCGUCCUCCCAAAACUCCACCAAGGGUAGCCAAGUCUCAGACAGAAAGAACUUCCCCUUGUAAGGCAGAGAGCACCAGCACUUCAGAAAGGAACCCAUCUCCUUCCCCAAAACGGAAAAGAGGUCGUCCUCGUAAAGAUCUGGCAGUGACACCUGAGGUGGAACCAGGUUCUGUUAGUCCGGCAGCUUUAACUUCGUCUCCAGGCAGCCCAGAGCUGAGUCAGCUUCCAAGCAGAACUGUUCCAGGAGUUAUUGCACAGUGCUGCGGCACAGAGAGGGGAUUACAGUCACCCUUCUCAAGCUCUGAUGAGCUUCCACAGAGCAGUUUGGAUGCAGCAAUUAGUCCGGCUUCUCGCUCUGACCAAAAUGGUAACCCUACAGCUCAGUCCACUCAAAUAUUCACUCCUGUUGGACCUUGCCCAGAGAGUGAAGAUGGACUAGCACAUCUAACAGAACAAGAUUUCAAAGAGGGGAAUGAAAAAAAGUCUACACUGCUAGUAGAUGGGAAGGAAGAGGACAGGAGUGCAGAUAACAAACAGAAUGAGGAGUGUAAAGAUGCCUGCAUGGAUGACCAGGGUGCACAUGAAAAAAGCUGUACCUCUCCGCUUAAGAGGAGUGUUGAGAAGUACAUGCGUGAGGACCAAGAGUCAGACCCUCCAUUAUCAGAGUUACAUGGAGUAGCUCAAAGACCUCUUCAUGGUGAGAAGGAGGAUGAGCAGUUCAAAGAAGCUGGAGAGAAGAAGAGACACUCGGUCCCCAAAAGACCUGGAAGUCGGUGCAGUAGCAAAGAGUCUGUCUGUUCCUCGUCACCGUCCUCUGUGUCCUCUCGCUCCACCUCUACCUGUUAUACUCUGUACAAGAAGGAUGGCAUAAGAGGUGACUCUGCAAAGAGGAAGCGGGAAGAAGUAGAUGACAGAAAGGAAGAAGACGACACUCAAAAGGAAUCUAAGAAGCAGGUUCUACUGAGUCAUUCUGAGUCUGACUCAACUCCCUCAUCUUCUGCAGACCUACAGCAGGGAUCGUUUUCUUGCUCCUCUUCUGACUCUGACGAUUCAGCGGGAGGUAACAGUGAGCAGCGCCUCACCCGAGCUGCCCAGCGGAAGCUGGCAGGUGGAGGAGACGAGCUAAAAGUAGAUGUGGAGAGGUGUGGUGGCGUAUACCAUAGUAGAAGGGGCAGAAAGUUUUUCAAGAGCCCAUACAGAGGAAAACGGAAAGCAGGCACCACCGCUGGGCCGUCUGCUCCGGAGCUGCGCUUCAGGGUCACGCGGAAGUCGUCAGGUCCUCUGUCAAAUACUGAGCAGAGACAGAAAUCAAACUCCAUGUUGCUUUCCUGUCCAGCCACUGUUCCAGAAGUUCUUGGAAAGAGAUGCUCGGCCCUGAAUGCCGCUGCUAAACUUCUGGCCAUGAGGAGUAGAGGAGGAAACGCAGCAGGGGGGUCCAAUGCAUUGUUUCGCCGAGGAGUUAAAGAAAGUGACGCAGCAGCAGCUGCGCGCCAGAACAUCACAUCCACUUCGUGUGAAAGGACCAGCAAGACUGCGGCUAGAGAGGGACAGGACUUCUCAUGUAAAGCCGAGAAUAGCCGACAACCUCGCACCCAGGCCAAACCUCCCACUUCUCGUUCCACACGCCAGAGACCAGGAUGCCUGGUCCCCCCACUCGAAACUGAGAAUAAGAGAUGCAGGAAACUGAAGAGGAAGAGGAAGGUGGAGGGACCAGACAAGGCUGAGCAGAGCUGCUCUCCAAGGGCCCACAGUGCCAGCAGCAGCCUGAGCACCGAGAGGGAGGAACGCAGUGGACGAAGCCGCAGCAGCAGCAACAGUAGCCAGCGCACCCACAGCCUGAGCUCUCAAAGUACGGGGCCCCUGUGCUCCCAGUCCCGCGGCCCCUCCCCUUGUAGUGACCAGGAAAGGGUCCGAGAGAGGGAACGCAAGGGAGGGAAGAAAGGGGAGGAAACCAGGGGCUUGGCCAGAAGCAGAGAGAGUCGUAAGGAGAGGCGAAAGAGUCAGGGAAGGGAUUCAGGUUCCUCUUCGCGAAGCAGAGGCCCCGAGCUGAGCGCGGGUUCUAGUGAAGGGACACCAGACAGGGUGCUACGCAGUGUGGCUGCACUGGCCGCAGCUCGGGCACGAACCCCUGCGAGCAACACACGCUCGUCUUCUGUUCAGCACCAUCAGCAGCAGCAGCAACAGCAGCAUCUCCACGGCCGUCACGCCAAGACCUGAACUGCCAGUCUCCUCCGUCUGGAGACCUCUUGUGAGGGUGAACAUGCCCAGAGCGCUGUGGAUUCACAUUUCAUCUCCUUCCUUACUGUGUGCAUCUCGUCCCUCAGCUGGUCUCUCCCUCAGCGAGUUCGCCAUCCUUCCGCUGCGGGCAGGAGAUCACAUGAGCUGUGUUCCCACGAAGGCUGACGGGUGCGGGGAGGGCGUUUGGGAAUGGGGUUCUUGCACUCCCUGUUCUGUGGAGCAGUCGUUGAGCUCUGUGAGCCGUCGGAGGUGUUCCUUUACGCAGACAGUGUCUGAUUGUGGGCGUGGGGCUGGUAGUCCUUUGAAGAAGACUGCACUGUGGCAGGUGUUGUUGCACUGCAAGUUCCUGGUGCAGGGGGUUUUAAGUUGCAUUUAUCAAAAGACGGGUGGAGAAGUGGGCGUCGAUUGUGGGGGUUUUUAGACGUUUAGUUUCUCCAGGUAGUCGGUGUUACGUUUCCUUCAGUUUCGAAACAAAAAUGUUCUUUAAUACAUGUUUCUGUCAUUCUAAGAGGAGGUCUGAACACAGUGUCUUGUACUGUUCUUGUCCUUUACUUCUUUAGUUAUAUCCUAUCCAUCUGAGUUUUGCACGACUGACAUUUCAUCCUCAUCUUGUGCUUCAGCUUUUGGUUAUUUGCUAAAGUCAAAUUUGUCAGAUUUGUCCUAGUACCUCACACGAUGCAUUAUAUAAGCUCUGAAUAUAUUUAUUUUUUGAGCUUGUAAUGUAUUUGGACAUAUUUAUUAUGUUUACUGGCAGUACAGAAUGGGGAACUUUGUCACAUUUCAAGGGGACUCCCUGCCUCAUUUCAGAAGCAUAAGCAAUUAUGAUGUAAAAUGGGCUCUGAGACGUAGAUUUGAAGGAUCGUCAGAGUAAGCACAUAGUUGGCUCCACUUUGUAAGACGUGUGACUUUGAGUGCGGGGACUCCUUCACAUCAUCUGAUGGGACAGCCAGUCAGGGAAGCACCUUGUGAAUCACAAAAAAAUCCGAAAUGUGUAUAUUUGAACAGAAAAUGUAAUCUCUCUACCUUCACUCAUUGUAGGGUUUCCAUUUACAGAAAUAUGUAUAUAUAUUUCUGUGUAUGUAUGUAUAUCUAUGUGUAUAUAUAAUGAUCCAAGGACUUUAAUAAGAGAUUAAAAGUAUGGUAAAUGAUAGGUCAGUUUUCUUUCAGGUUGCCUUGCUUCUGUCAACUUUUUGGGGAGGAUAAAUUUUGAUUGAGUGGUAGAUGGUGGCGGUCUUUAUUUUACUUUGUCUUCAAUUUCAUUUGCUACAUUCCUGUGUUCCUUGCAAUUCCACAUAUUUUACUUGAAAAAAUAAAUGUUGAAUAAAAAGGCCAAAAAAAGUGUUUGUGUGUGCUGCUCCCAUUUGUAGAUUUCAAGACACAAUUUUAACGCGUUAAAGUUGCAGUAAAUCACAGUAGGGCAGCAGGUGAUGGUAGUUAGAGAUGCCACCUUCAACUGGAAGGGACUGGGUUCAAAUCCCACCACUUGCUGUAGUAACUAAGGUACUUAACCCUGUACUGAUUGAGUGAAAAUUUAUACCGCUGUAUAUAUGGGUGGAUCACUAUUAUUAUUGCAGAUUGAAUGUUGAAUCAUUGCAAGUUAAAUAUAAUUACUACAAGGUUGAAGAACUGAGCAUUAAGUGAACUUAUGAAAGCGGUGACAGAUGGCAUGUACCUUACUGCAGUAGGCAGAGCAUUCCACAGUUCAGGGACCCGAUGGCUAAACACUUUGCCACCCACGGUCUUCAAAAGAUCUCCAGCACCACGAGCAAGUCGGCAUCCGGUGAAUGUGGAGCAUGACUUGGCUGCUAGUGAGAUGAUGUAAGGUGGUGCCAGACCUUUGAGCGCCUUAUAUGCUGUGAAAGCAGGAUCUUUAAGACACAUCUCUAUGAUGGGUAGCCAGGGGAGAGAUCCAAGAACUGGAGUAAUAAGACAGUAUUUCUGGGAUCUGGUGACAAUUCUGGCUGCAAAAUUCAGGACAACUUGAAUGAAGGACUGACAUGAUGUAACCAGGACAUCCAGAGAGCAAGGAGUAACGCUCUAAUUUGGAGGUAAAGCAGGGCUUUGUAACUCGAUGGAAUGUUAGUAAGAUGGCUCUGGGUCGACAAGAACUCCAAGACUCCUUGCAGAUGAUGUAAUGCAAGUCCUCAAGUUUCAGCCAUGAGAGCAUGCUGCUGGGAAAUUUUGGUCUCAGGUCUAGGGUUGUUUUAUCCUGGUUCGGGGCAAGGUAGUUGGCCCCCAUCUGGGCCUUAAUGUCAUUGUGAGAGCGGGACAGGGCUUGAUAGCUGUGUGUCUGAAGGCUUGUCUAUCAGGUUGAGCCAAGCAUCGUAGAUAUUUUGGAGUGGAAAUAGGCGUUGCACCUUCAGCUUGUGUAACAUCGGUUGCAUUGUAUAAUGCGAAGAGCAGCGGACCCUGCACAGAACCCUGAGGUACCCCAUGUCAGACCGAAGAAAGCGAAGAUGGUGAGGAGUUGUUUUUCAGAUACACAAAGUAGAGUGUAUUUUUGAUAUGAGUCAAAGCACUUGAGCACAGUCCCAGAGAGGCCCAGGCACGUUGUCCUCUGACAUAAAGAUGUCACUUAUGCCUGACCCAGGCAGUUUGUUUCAGCACUGUGGCGUAGACAAAUAAUGAAAUUCUUUGAACAGAAUCCUUACAUACAAUCUGCUCUGCAACAGCCUUUUCUAUGGUUGCGGAACUAAGAGAGAUGACAAUCACUGGGAUUUUGAAAGUACGUCACAUAUUAAAACCGCCAAAACUGAAACCUGGCUCUAGUUUUUAACCACGAUGUAAACACCGGUUUCCUAAAACAUCGUUUUGCCUCUUUCGGAAUACAUUCUGACAUCUUCAGCUGUGAUGUGAGAAAGUUCUGCCUUCAUGCUGCUAUGGAUGCUUAGAGCAUCAUUAAAUGCUCUUAUGUGAAUGUGGAGGGUGUGAAGGAUCUCGUCAUGGUGCACAAACCAUCUACACCUUUCGUAGUUUGCGGUGGGAGAAACUCCUGUGACACCGAAACCUCCAUGUUUACUGGACACCGACGUGUGAUUAUUUUCAAAGAAGUAACAAUUUGAAGUCGGCAUUAAACUUUUCCGGGAGAAGAUCCAGACGUAGUCAGGGAUAAAGACUGUAAAGUGCAGAUGUGCCCAUUCUUACCACACUAUGGUUGGUACAGCCACUGGAUGUUUAAGCCAUUUAGCAGGGAUCAGAUUUGAAGCACUUCAUAUAUGAUUCAUUAAUUCAUUUCCUGUUCAUUAAACAGUAACGUUAGAACAAAAAUUGGAGCUUCUCAGAGUAUCGGACUGUGAUGAAACACCAUCUUUGUAUUUUUUUUUUUUCCUUUCCAGUUAAUGAAGGUAUGCAAAUGAAAGGUUCUUGUGAUCAGAUUGAAUAGUUCAUGAUGGAGAAAUAUUUUUUUUUAACCUUUUAAACAUCUAAGUUAAGUUAUUCAUCCAUCCCUCCAUUUUCAGUAAUGACCUGUCCUGGUCAGGGUCAUGGGGGUUUGGAGCCUAU